ACAGCUUUCGUAGCAAGAGGAUCGGUGGUUGCUCUCCUCGUUUCCUUCUGUGCAUCGCAACAGUUAUGUUUCCUAGUCGAGGGGUAACAAUAAUUCUCCGCCAAGAGUGCGCUUUCCCGCCUCCGCAACAGAGCUUUACCUGUUAGAUUUUCUCGAUUAUACACGCACAAUAACUUUCCUCGCAGCGCACGACAGAAUACGAAGAGUAAGCAUUGAUUGUGCGCUACUUCGCGAGAGCAAUUUGACGUCGUUUCAUAUCGUUUACUGGCGUGCUACAAGUUAUAAAAGAGCUGUAAUCGUGUUGAUUUUGAGACAUGUACGUAUUGUUGAAAAGUUAGGGAAGUGAUUGAUUACUUCCUGGCGUUUGCAUCGACCGUCUGAUAUAAACAACCAGCUCUCUUGCGAAUACCGAUUGUUGGCUGCGAGUGUAGUGUUUGCUAUUGCGUCAAACCAUAUACAGUUUAUGGCAGCUAUCGUGACUAUGAAAUCACAGCGAAUCGCUCCGGCGGUAGGAAGGGAUCUUCUGAAUCCAGCUUUGAGAAACUACCCCUUAAAGCGGAAUAUUUGGCACAUCUUGUUGUUUGUCACCCGAUUUGUGCAAUAGUGAUGGCGGCUAAAAAUGCUUUAGACAAAAGACGGUGCAACUCUUCAGAAGAUGAAACGCAGUACUCAUCUCGGGAUUACGGGGACAACAAUGAUGGGGAUAAUACUCUGCUGGCCGUGGACUCGCAUUCCGUCUCUUCCUCUUCUUCAGAGGAAUAUGGUGGCUAUGUCAAUAAUGGUCUUCAAUCGGACGAAGACAGUGAAACCGGGAACAUGGACGUCAGCCAAAUAGUGGAGACAGUUCUGAGACAGCCGGUUUCGCCCGCUCUCCGCAUAAGCGAAUCUUCCGACGUGCACGUGGGGCCCAGUCUUACCUACAAUGGGCCUGUUACCAUCAACGUUACCGUACAGCCGCAGUCGGAACAUCAGGCAACACCGCCACAGUCUGACCCUCAGCUAGAGUGUCAACUGGAGCUUCGGAAUCAGACCCAACCUCAGCUUCAAACCGAACACCCGCCCGAGCAACAACCGAUCUCUCACGCUCAGAUCCAGUCUCAAACUCAGAUUCAACAUCCUCCACAGCAACAACCGCUUCAAACUCAGAACGAGAUUCGAGAACCUCCUCGGCAACAGCCACUGUCUCAGACGCUGGACGAACCUUUGCCACAUACGCAACAACCCCGUUUGCAACAACCACAGACCAUGGUGCAGAGGAAUCUCCAGAUGUAUGGACAAGAUUUCAGGACUGUGAAGCCAUCUGGGUGUCAGCUGAUAGCGGCGGAGCUGGCUCGGAAGGGUCAGUUGACUGGGCUGAUCAGAGACGUGGGAGCCGACGUCGUGCAGUCCUGCUGCGAGCGCAACAUCGUCUUCAUCGUGCUGCUCGUCGUGCUCGUCACGGUCUGCGGAAUCUCCUUGAGCCUGGUGGUCGGAUACAGGCGCAACGCGUCACCAAGCAGACCCAGUGUCGAUACUACGGUAAAAGGUACAUCGCCGAACGAGCUAAAUACGGAGAACCCACAAAACAUUACGGUUGCUGUGAGCCAAGAGACAGGAUCUACAACUACAACGGAGAAACAAAUUUCGGAUAAAUCUACAAUUGCAACAGAGAAAACAAAUUUUGGACAAACCUACAACUACAACAGUCAAACAAAUUUCGUACAAACGACUUCAGUCAAACAUACAACUACAACGGAGACUCAAAUUUCGGAACCCUGUCAACAUUUUCCGGGUCGAAGAAUAGACAGCUGGGGGAACAUAUAUCACUGCGAUUACAUCAAAUGUGACUUCGGGAACCACAACGUUGUGGUGGAUUAUAAUCCUGUACGAUGUGUACAGGAAGAUCCCAAUAGCAAUGUGAAGUUUUGA